UUGCUCAAGACUAUCUUCUUCUUAUGCUCUUAACUUUCUCUUCUUAGGUUUAAAGAUAUCUUGCCUGAAGAAGGAGCCUGAGUUGCCUCGAACGCUUGUAUAUUGUAAAUCUUUCUAGUUAGCCAACAAGAAGUGUCACUAGGUUAAAGGAAUAUAUUUUCACAUGCUAAUAUAUUACUUUUAUACUCAUUUUGUGGUCCUUCACUUGCCCAGCCAUGUUGACCCUCGGUGUAGUGGUGACCUGCCUCAUCUCCACGCUCGUCUGUGAUUCUCAAGGGUCAGCCAUCGUUCAGCAGAAGACUCCAGUGGAAGCAGUGGAAGGAAGCAAUGUCGUUUUAACCUGCAGGAUGCCCUCAAUAACUUCAUGGGACUUGGUGAGGUGGUACAAAGGUGAGGGCAGCCAAAGCACACACAUCUUCUCGGGCCUGCCCAAAGCAGGUGACAGAAAUGAUGCUCGAGUGACCCGGACAGGGCAGAAUUAUGAGACUGAAUUCGGCAUCAUAAUAAAAGGCGUCAAAAUCAAUGACACAGGAAAGUAUUACUGCAUUAAGUAUGCUGAUGAUAAGGGGGACACAAUCUCUAAAGAAGGACCAGGAGUCACCCUGACUGUCACAGCAAAGAAUCUCACCAUUAUUGGUCCCCCUGGUCGAGUGAAGGUGGGUGAAGUUUUAGAGUUGCAGUGUCACUCCAACAAGGAUGCUACGUUCAUGUGGCUGAAAAACGGCGAGGCCAUUCCUCAGGACCACUUCACUACUGCCAGUAAUGGUGCCCUGCACACAAGUCGUCUGACUCUGCAGACUGAGAAAGGUGACAUCCGAUCAGCUGUCCAAUGUGUGCAGGGCAAAAAUGAACAACAGAGGAUGUCUGAAGCGUUCAACCUGAGCUCGGUCAUUACAGUGAUGCCACGUUUACAGAUUCAAGGAAGCCCUGAUACAAGGAACAGGUCAUUGGGCAAGUAUUCAUGCCGAGUCGAUGGCUUUUAUCCUGAAGAUGUCCUGGUCUCCUGGACCCUUGGGAAACUCAAUAUCUCAGCAUGCUGUGAGAAGGCCCAGAGUAACAAUGAUGGCACGUUCAGCACCACCUGCCAUAUUACAAUUGUCUUGGCAAAGAUUUCCUCAGGAGCCGUGCUGCAGUGUCACGCCGGUUAUCGUGAUCAUUGUUGAGAGUGGGCUAUGCGCCGAUACUUCAGAAGGAGACCACCACCUAAGCCUUGAAUUGUAUGUGUGAAAGGACAUCAGAAGAAUAUUUAAGAGUCACUUGACUAGUCUUUCUAUGUAGAAAAUGUAUUUAUACUGGAACAGUAAAGCAUAUAUUACUGGAGUGUGCUGCAUCUGAGGAGCAAAGAUGACGUCUUUUUCAAAAAACUGAAAUCUAUUGAACAGGAGCUUAUUUUUACAAUGGAAAGUACUUUAUAUUAGGACAGUGCUGGCAAUAUAGUGUAUCAAAAUGCUUAUUUCAAUUUUUAAAAAUAUAUUAUUUGAGUGUUAUUUUUUAAACUAUCACCAACCCCCACCCAAUGGUAGGGUAUGCUCCCCAGGUCUCUGCUUCACACUCCAGCUCAGUAGGUGUUGGUAAAGCACCAUUUACUGUACAUUGGUCUCUGAACUGCUAUAAAAACCGAGAAGAAGAAGAAGAGGAGUACAAUUAUAAUUCAAGGAGAGGCAGAGCUGCAGUAGUUAGAACUGCACCUUCACAGCUCACGUCACAUUUUUGGUUUAGGAUAAUCUGUCCAGCAUUGUUGGUGGAUGCUUCUCUAGCCUUCGUGGACACUUAAAGUUGUAGAGGGCCACAUAGGGGGUUUUUGUUUCUAUGUAAGAAUGUCCUGUUGAGUGUUUGUUAAUAUGAAUGGCAACACUGGAUGCACUGAUUUCUGUUUGUAAAUUGGGUCAGUGUCUGUAAACAGGAUUGCAUUGAUGCAGAGGGGCUUGUGGGAUUUGUAGUUUGUGGUUUCUAUGCACUGUACCAAUAAAACCGGAAGAGGAGGAUGUGGAGGGACUUUUCGAGUGGACCAUUUUCUAAUCAACAUCAUCUGCAGCAGCUCCUAAACAUUUUCAGUUACUGGACAUUCGUAGCGGAGAAGAAUGGUGCUCGGCCACCAGAUGUAAGGACGGCGGUGGGUUCUUUUCCUCCCAUAUCAGUCCUUCGAUGUUCUUGGAUAGGAGGCUGUUCUUCUGGACUCCGGUAGUAGGAGAGAAUUUCACUGUCCAGAACCAGUUUAUUGAAUAGGAGUGUUUCCGGACUUCUUUCCAUCAUUUAACCCUAGCUCCCAUUUCCAGAAUUACUUCUAUAAUUUACAGUAAGGACUUUUUUUUUCAGGACUGUAAACAUCGUCAUGUGGGGGUUUGUUUGUGGGGUGUGUUUAAUAUUUUUUGUAUUUGUAAAUAGUUAUUC